AUGGCUGACGUGAAGAAUCCCGUCUCUAGUCCCCAUGAUGUUGAAACCAGAGACCCUGAGACACAGCAGGCGGAAUUAACCGAUCUUCCCCACGGGAUCGACGUCGAGCAAUACAGGGCUACAGUACCGCGAUGGAAGCGAAUUUGGCAUCACAGUUUGACACAGAUGAUACUUCUCAGUAUCCAAGCGUUUUGUGGACCGGCCAUGUCAGAUGCAAUCACUGGCUUGGGUGGGGGUGGUCUUGCUACUCCACAGGUGUCUAAUAUUUCAACGGCAAUUCGAUAUGCCAUGCUUGCUGUCGUUUGUUUCCUAGGUGGUCCCAUCGUCAAUAAGAUUGGUGUCAAGUGGGCCCUUGUUAUCGGGUCGAUGUCUUUCCCCAUUCAAGGAUCUGCAUAUUAUUGUAACAGCAAAUUUGGAAACCAGUGGUAUCUUAUUCUGAGCGGUGCUAUCAGUGGAAUCGGGACUGCGUGUUGGUAUGUUGCCGAAGCUGGAGCUAUCAUGACACUUGCGCCUUCUGGCGCUCGUGGAAAGUAUUUGGCCUUGUGGAUUGUGUCGCGGAAUUUAGGACAACUCGUUGGAGGUGCUAUCAAUCUUGCAAAGAAUCACGAGAAGGGUACUGAAGGUGGAAUUUCUCCCGAUACUUAUGUCGCUUUUGUGAUAAUCGAGAGUCUUGCUUUGCCUUUCGCCCUCUUGAUCAUUCCUUUCGAGCGUGUGGUCCGUUCCGAUGGUACGAAGAUUGUCACGGCCGAGACACUCUCCACGAAGCAGGAAUUAAGACGAAUCGCGAAGACCGUGACAUCAAGAUUGAUCAUGCUUUCUUCUCUGUGGGCAUUAUGGUCCUUCUUCUACAGCGGUUCUUGGUCCACAUAUCUAGGAAUCUACUUCUCUGUGCGUGCCCGCGCCCUCUCAUCUCUAGUAUCGCCAUUUUUCUGCAUCGUCGGCUGUUUCGGCCUCGGCUUCAUACUCGACAUGAAAAGUCUCAGUCAGCGCCGCCGGGCCCAAAUUGGACUAUACACUGUCAUAAUCCUCAAUGUCGGCGUCUACAUCUGGUCUAUCAUCAUGCAGGUCAAAUUUGACCACCACAAUCCUGGCCAUAUUGACUGGGACGAUGGAAUUUACGCCAAGUCGUUUCUGCCGUAUUUCUUCGUGCAGACGACGGGCCCACUGUCGCAGUCGUAUAUGUAUUGGCUUUUGUCGUCUUUUGCGACCGAUGCUCAAGAAAAUGUGCGUAAUGGCGCUGCGUUUAGAUGCAUCGAAGCUGUUGGCCAGGCUGUUGCCUAUGGUAUGAAUACUCAGACGACAAGUGACCCUAUAAUUGGAUUUGGCGUGACGUUCGGGUUGCUUGGUGCUGCUAUUAUUCCCAUGAUUAUGCUAGUAAAUUCGACGCCAGAUCAGAUCCCCGCGGAUGUUGUCGCUGAGCAGCAGAAAGCGGCCGAAGAAAAGCUCGAGGGUGCUUAG